UUGACGUCACUGUCAGAGAAACUACAAUUUCAGGACUUAUUUUGCGCACCAGCAGUACAGUUUGAUGGCUUGACUGGUUAGCAUAACUCAGUGUACCGUAAUUGAGAUAUUCGGCACUAACUUCAGAAUUAAAGACAGCCCUGGACAUAAGUUUCAUUAUCUGAUUGUACACAAUGAUGGAAUCAUUCCAAACCACCCCUUCUUUUUACUUGGGUAAUGGGACAAGCAUGUUUCCUAACUACAUGCCACCCAAUACCACAGCAGCUGACUAUUAUGACGAUUAUGAAGAUGAGAAUAUAGAGAUUAGGAAGGUACUUAACAUAAUGUCUCUCAUUGUGUACUCUGUGGCAUUUGUACUGGGAGUGCUGGGAAAUGGUUUGGUGAUCUGGGUUACAGGUUUCAAGAUGAAGAAAACUGUUAACACUAUAUGGUUCCUGAAUUUGGCCAUUGCUGACUUCCUUUUCACUGCAUUCCUGCCCCUGAGCAUAAUCUACACUGCUAAGGACUUUCAUUGGCCUUUCGGCAAAAUCAUGUGUAAGUUCAACAGUACUCUGGGCUUCCUCAACAUGUUUGCCAGCGUCUACAUCCUAGUAGUGAUCAGUGUGGAUCGUUGCAUCUCUGUGGUACAUCCAGUUUGGGCUCAAAACCACCGUAGCUCCCACAGAGCAUCAGUAGUGAGCUUUUUCAUCUGGCUCUUUGCCUUGAUCCUGAGUGCCCCCUACUUUGCCUUUCGAGACACGGCACCUGCGAACCAUGACAAGGAUGUCAUCAACUGCUUCAACAACUUUGCCCUCUCAGAGGACGAUGAGACGUCGGACAUUGCAUUCCGUCACCAGACGAUGAUUAUCACACGUCUCCUCUUUGGUUUUGUGGUACCCUUCACUGUCAUCGUUUCCUGCUACGCCAUGAUUGUGCAUAAACUAAGGAGAAACCGUUCUAUGGCCAGACGGACGGGACGGCCUUUCAGAAUUAUUGCAGCCAUCAUCAUUGCCUUUUUCCUGUGCUGGGCGCCUUACCAUAUCCUGGUGUUUAUUGAGAUGGUUAGCCACAUGGACUCAGAAGAAAGCAGCAGCAGCCUGGAGCUUGUCGCCGUCAUUGGCAUUCCUAUAGCCUCCAGCCUUGCCUUUCUUAACAGUUGCCUUAACCCCUUGCUUUAUGUUUUUAUGGGUCAAGACUUUAAAGACAAGGUGCGCAAGUCCAUUUUUACAGUGCUGGAGAGUGCCUUCACAGAGGAAGUUUGCCCUUCCAAUUCUCACUCAAACUCUGGAUUCAAUAGCCAAAGCAAGGAAAAGUCCUUUUCUGAUGUAGAAGUGUGAGGACUGAUUUGAAGCUCACUGCUAUGUACGUCUUAGCUUAAAAAUAAUUUCCAGAUGCUUUAGAAAGCAAUCAUUAUGUAAUUAUUGUGCAUGUACGUCUGAGCAUCAAGAAUGCUAAUCUCUUAUACAGGAUAUGUAAUGCAUAUACAAAAUAAGGUACUAUAACUACAUCAAGUACUCAGAAAAUUAACUUUAUACCUAUUCCAUCCAAUAUUUGAAAACGUAAGUGAGACAUGGUGGUAUGACUACUGAUAAAGAUGUUAUAUAUACAGUGGCUAUCAAUAAAAUAACAGACGUUUUUCCCAUCCAGUUUUUAAUUAUGAUGUUUCAUGUAGCUUACUAUGCAAGGGAUGCCAUACGUUAUAAAUAUUUGGAAAUGUUAAUUCUGUCAGAGUAUAUACUGUUUUUUUCUGUCAAUAUACAGCAAGUGCCAUUAAUAUUCUGUGCAUCUGUUAAUCAAGCUUGUUUCAGACUCUUACAGAAUUUUUCUAAACUAUUAAAUGAUUAAUAGAAACCUUA